UGAUUGUCAGUGAAUCUUGGCACCGUUGUACAUUAACACUGUUGUAAAAUAAACGUACAUUUUGUUAUGUCAAGACGGCCAUCUCGUGUGAUUCUUCCCUACUAAUAGCAGAAGCGAUUGGACGGCUACAGUAUUAAAUAUAAAAGUAAAGGAAAAUACAAGGAGAUCGUGGCGAUCAACUUUGUCAUCGAUUGGGAUAUUUUGUAACAUACAAGUACGAUCUAAGGACUGGAACAAGAACUCAACUUAUCUUCAUUUAUAACAUCAACGAAGAUGAUCCUUAUUCUGUUGCUAUCGAUUUUCGUUGUUUUAUUCGUAUGGAAUUAUUAUGUGCAUUAUGGAUCUAGACGCGGCCGGCUCAUCAAUCGUAUACCAGGACCACCUCCUGUAUUUCCAAUAGCGGGCAAUAUAUUAGAAUAUCAAAAAGGACCUGAUGUCCUCUGGAAACUCCUAAUUUAUGAGACUAACUUUUACUAUCCCAUUGUUAAAGUAUGGAGCUUCUUCCAACCUUUUGUGUCUAUCCGUCAUCCAGAUGAUCUGGAGAUAAUACUUUCUCCGGUGAAGCAUCUCGAGAAGAGUGUCAUAUAUGACAUUUUGCUUCCCUGGUUUAAUACUGGCCUUCUCACUAGCACAGGUGACAAGUGGCAUGCGCGACGCAAGAUAUUAACGCCCGCAUUCCACUUUAAUAUAUUGCGGCAAUUCGUCGACAUUUUAAUCGAGGAGGGCGAACAAAUGACCAACUCCUUGAAGGAUGUUAAAGGGCCAGUUGAGAAGGAUAUAAUGCCGUUUCUUAGCGAGCAUACGCUCAACGCGAUAUGCGAGACUGCCAUGGGUACCUCUUUAAAAGGCUUAGGCGACUUCCAGAAAAAAUAUCGAGACGCAGUACACGAAAUGGGUCUGCUUCUAAUUUAUAGAUUAAUGAGGCCAUGGAUGUAUCAAAUAACCUUACGAGGCUUGUUCUUCGAUAUAUCACCAGCUGGCUUUCGUCAAAGAAAACUUUUGCGAAUAUUGCAUGACUUCACCGAUAAAAUAAUAAAGGAGAGGAAACUCUAUCAUGAACGUACCGGCGACCGAUAUUUGAAAAGCUUUGAAAAUGACAAAACGGAGGAGGAUGACUCGAAAUACAUUGGAAUUCGGAAAAAGCGGCUCGCUAUGCUGGACCUUCUGAUAGCGGCAUCACGAGAAAAUCUUAUAACCGACAUCGACAUCAGAGAGGAAGUCGAUACCUUCAUGUUCGAGGGGCAUGACACUACGGCGGUGGGAAUAUGCUUCUUUUUGUUAUUGAUGGCUGAACACAAAGACAUUCAGGAUCGCGUAAGGGCUGAGGUCGAUAGCGUGAUACAAGAGAAUGGAGAGAGAUUCACUCUGGCAAUGUUACAAAAGCUACCGUAUCUGGACAGAUGCGUGAAGGAAUCAUUGCGAUUGUAUCCCAGCGUGUUUUUCAUAUCGCGACUUACCUCGGAAGAAGUAACAUUUCAAAAGAAAUAUGUGGUGCCGGCCGGUACGCCAGUGCAUCUUAAUAUCUGCGCUACCCACAGAGAUCCGAAUUUCUGGCCAGAUCCAGAAGUGUUUGAUCCAGAUAGAUUCUUGCCUGAGAGAAGUCAAAAUCGUCAUCCUUAUUCCUAUCUGCCGUUCAGCGCGGGACCAAGAAAUUGCAUAGGUCAGAAAUUCGCUUUGCUGGAGCUGAAGGCUAUGAUUGCCCCGCUGUUGCACAACUUCUACCUGGAACCGAUUGAUUAUUUGAAGGAUGUAGAGUUAAGAGUUGAUUUAAUCCUACGAUCUGCAAAACCGCUUCGCAUAAGAUUUGUCCCAGUCCAAGAUAAUCAUGGAAAGUUGUCGGCGUAUUACUGUCAUGUGCUAUAUUCGCAUUUUUCUAUUAUUAUGUUAUCCAUCUUGCACGGUUUAGGCGACUUAUCAAUCUCAUUCCGGGACCACGAAUGGUUCCAAUUUUCGGUGAUAUUUUCAAAGCACUACCUUAUCCUUCACAAGAAGUUAUCUGGGACAUUUUCGUGUCACGCUCUAAACGGUAUCCUUCAAUUUAUUAAGACGAUACUGAACAGUACGAAAUAUAAUACGAAAGGUAUCCUGUACAAAUUUCUUCGUCCAUGGUUAAGAGACGGUCUUCUUAUCAGUAAAGGAGGAAAAUGGCAAGAAAGGCGAAAGAUACUAACGCCUACGUUCCAUUUUAAUAUAUUAAAACAAUUUGUUGAUAUUAUGGUCGAGGAAAGCAAUCAUAUGACAAAAUCGUUGAAAGAUAUGGAAGAUUCGACUGUUCAAGAUUUACAGUCUUUUUUUAGCUAUCAUACUUUGAAUAUAAUAUGUGAAACUUCCAUGGGUACUUCCUUGCAAAACAUAGACGUGGCAGAACAAGAGCGCUACCGCAACGCGAUCCAUGUUUUAACUGAAAUAUUAUUUCAUAAAAUUGUACGUCUGUGGUAUCACAGUGAAAUAGUAUUCUGGUUCUCGUCAAAAUAUAAAGAACAAGUUAAAUGUUUGAAAAUACUACACAGUUUUACGGAAAAAAUUAUUGCGGAAAGGAAACGAUAUCACGAAUCAACUGGUGGACGAUAUCUAAAUUUUGAAAAUACGGCAGAAGAUAAUGAUAUGAUAGGAAGACGAAAGAAACGGCUUGCCAUGAUGGAUCUCAUGAUAGCAGCGUCCAAUAAUAACCAAAUGAGCGAUUCGGACAUCAGAGAAGAAGUUGACACCUUCGUGUUUGAAGGUCAUGAUACCGUAGCAAUGGCAUUGACUUUCGCUGUAUUACUGUUAGCCGAACAUAAGGACAUACAGGAUCGUGUCAGAAAUGAAGUCAAUGCUGUAAUGGAAGAAAACGGAGGAAAACUGACUAUGACAGCGUUACAGAAUCUGCCAUACCUAGAGAGAUGUUUGAAGGAAACGAUGAGAUUGUAUCCUAGUGUUUAUUUUAUAGUACGAAAGUUAGAGGAAGAUGUAAUGUUACAAUCAUAUCUAGUACCUGCUGGAACAGAGGUGACUAUUGAUAUUAUACAUCUUCACCAACAUCCUGGUUUCUGGCCAAAUCCGGAGGUGUUCGAUCCAGAUAGAUUUUUGCCAGAAUUGGCGCAAAAUCGUCAUCCUUUCGCUUAUAUACCAUUUAGCGCUGGUUCGCGGAAUUGCAUAGGUCAACGAUUCGCCAUGAUGGAGCUGAAAACCGUAAUUGGUACCUUGGUGCACAACUUUUAUUUGGAACCCAUCGAUCGCUUGAAAGACAUUCGAUUUUUCAUGGAUUUAAUUAUUCGGCCUAAACACCCGGUGCGCGUAAAAUUCGUCCCAAUCAAAGAUGCUCAACUGUUAUAAGGGACUUAUAUCGGGGUGAAAACCUGAUGAUGAGAAAUGACGCAUUUACUAAACGAGCAUUAUUACAUUACUUCUCAGGAUCACGGGAUACAUAUUGCAUGAUAUAAGUCGGAGAUUAAUUGUACUUAUUGGUUUAGGAAAAUGGUUUUGGUUGCUUUAAGUUUGUAAGUCAGAUAUUUCUUCAAAUAGUGUUGUUUUGAGACUUUUAGUUCAAAGAACGCUUGUGUAGAAAGAAUGAAAAGCAUUUAUAUUAUCUGUGAGACAUUAUGAAGUUUUUUACAGUAUCAAUUUGAUCGACAAUCUUUUUUGUUACAUUGUUCAAAAUACACUUACGAUUUGCAGUC